AUGUACGACACACCAGUAAGCCUACAGAGUUUUUGUGUGGACUUCAUCUGUGAAAAUUUGACUGCGUUAUGUGAAGUGCAGCCGGCGGCAACAGCAGAUUCGAAACAGAUGAAGAUGACUUUUAAAGAUCCAGAGUCCUGUUUUCACGCGAACCUCUCUGAUCAGUUGCUGUCAACUUUAAGUGAAAAGGGAAAGUUAAAUGACGAGACUCUGUCACUGUUUGACCCAAAUGUGACUGCGUUGCGUCGUGUAAGUAUUCAUAAUGCCCCAGUAACUAGCCGUGGACUUCGCAUACUUAAAGGUCAUCGUAUAUCACAGUUGGAAGUCACAGGAAUAAAAGAUGUCACGGUCAACGACAUUAUCGGAUGUUUAGGCGAGUGGACUCUGUCUAACCUUCGAAUCCUCAACGUGAGCAAGAACACUUUCCUCAACAAUUCAAAGUUCUGUGUCGUUGUUUCGCUUUCCAAGUUGAGGAAUCUGCACACGUUAAAUGUAAGUUUCACAGAGUUCAACCGACACGGGCUAGAAAUUAUAGCGGAAGAUCUACCAUGCCUUGAGGUUCUAGAUAUCUCCUGUACUGAAAUAAAUGAUAUCUCUCCACUUCGGAAGUGUAAAAAUCGGUUGAAGUCGUUAAGUAUGUACAAUCUACAGUUGCACAGAAAUUCUGAUCCGAUAGGUGUGGUCAGCGAACUUGUUCAUCUGGUCCAUCUAGAUGUCUCCAAUGAUGCAACCCGUGAGUCCAUCAUCACAUCGGUAGCCACGGAGCGUUUUCAAGUCCCAGAGUAUUUGUCUAAAUUUGAUAUCAAUCCUAGUCUUAUUUCUUUGGAUGUGUCUGGCGGUAAUGAUGUUGCGCCUUGCGUGGUUGAGUCAUUUCUGGAAAGACAUCCAAAACUAAAUUUUCUUGGCUUGGCUCUAACUUCUAUAUCAGAGUACGAGAUGUUCCAGCCUGAAAGCUGUUGGGUACGAUUGCAUCCAGACUUUAAGGUCUCAGGAGAGUCUACAGAAGCUCAAAUUAUGGAAUCUCUUCGCCGAUACCUCCCUCGUAGCGCUUACAUGCAGAAGGCUUUGUUCAAACUGUUCAACUUGUCACAGGGUACUGAAAAGCCGCGGGAGGACAUCAUCAAGUUGGUGCUUCCAGCCAUGAAGAGCCACCCCAAGAUUCUGUCUGUGCAAAUGGCUGCCACUGCCUGCUUAUACAACUUGACCAGAGGUGAGGUUGGUAUGAAUAUUCACCCAGUGCUGCUAUCAAGAUGUGUUGAUUUAACCCUGACAGCAAUGGAGAAUUUUCCAAAUCAUCAGCAGCUGCAGAAAAAUGCUCUUUUGACAAUCUGCAGUGACAGAAUUUUGCAAGAAGUGAAUUUUGAUCGGUUCCGCUGUUCACGGCUGGUAAUGGAAUGCAUGUGCCAAUUUGAUGAUGCUUCCAUGAACAGAAUGUCAGUGGCGAUUUGCUCAAUAUUGGCUGCCAAGAUAUCAACUGAGCAGACGACAAUCCUUGGUGCCAAAGCUCGCUACAUGAAGAAGUUGUUGAUGCUGGUAGAGGAGAGACUGAUGAACCAUGAGCUGGACAUCACUCUCAGGUUUACCUUGAGUGCUCUGUGGAACCUUACAGAUGAAGCACCAUCAACUUGCAAUGUGUUCCUGACUGAGGGAGGUCUGGAGCUGUUCAUGAAGUUGCUGCAGCUGACAGACGGGGAGGAGACAGAUAACCAUGUCCAAGUUGAAACCAAGAUUCUUGGCUUACUGAACAACAUAGCAGAAGUGAAAGCUUUACGAUACAAGUUGAUGAGGGAGGAUUUCAUCAUGCUUAUCAAACAAAUGCUGCAUGGACAGCACAUUGAUGUGAGUUACUUUGCUGCUGGCAUUUUAGCCCACCUGUGCAGUGAUGGGGAGGAUGCUUGGAGGCACAUUGCGGGGCUGGACAGGUGUGAGAUCCUAGAUGAUUUGAGUGAUGUGGUUGCAAGUUGGGAUCAACCAAAGGCAGAAAUGGUGGCCUACAGGUCCUUCAGCCCUUUCUUUCCACUUCUGCAAAGCCACGACACUCCUAUACAGUUGUGGGCAGUGUGGGCCAUUCACCACGUCUGCUCAAAGAAUGGCAAACGCUACCUGACACUGCUGGACAGUGAAGGUGGCUACGAGCACAUCCAUCGUCUCAUGAUGACCAGUAACCUGGAUUCUCGGGUCAAGGACAUUUGCCAGGAAAUACUGGACAAGCUGGAGGAGCAUAAGGGAGGGCCACCCAGAUCUUGCACUGACAUGGAGAUUUAG